AUGAGUUCCGUGCAGGAGGUUAACCCCACGGUGCGUGGGAUCAGGGCCCCAACGAGCCUGCAGAGUCUGGCUGCACGCAUCAGAGAGGAGAUUAAACAGGGAGCGCAGAAACCCUUCCGGCACGUGAUUGAUGUCAGUUCAGGGGAUCCCCACAGGGCAGGGAUGGCACCCAUCUCAUUUGUUCGGCAGGUGUUGGCGGUGUGUUUUUACCCCAAUCUUCUCAAAGACGAAGGCCUUCCUCUGGAUGUCAGGCAGAGGGCACAGCAGCUUCUGGGGGUCUGCACUGGAGGGAGUGUGGGCUCAUACUCUUCAGCCUGCUGCGGCAUACCAUAUGUCCUGAAAAGUGUUGCAGAGUUCAUCAUGAGGCGAGAUGGUGGAAUGAGUUCACACCCAGAGGAUAUAAUCUUCUCUAAUGGUUCCCAGAAGGGUUUGAUGAUGAUUUUGCACCUGAUGGCCAGUGGGGAGGGGGAGACUCAGACAGGCGUGUUGAUCCCAAUGCCCUGCCCACACACCCUGCCUGUGCUGCUGGAUGACAACGGGUUGACCCUGGUGCCAUACCAGCUGAUGGAGGACAGAGGCUGGGCUGUGGACCUGGACGAGCUGCGUCGAGCUUUGAAGGCAGCCAGGGGGCGCUGCGAACCCAGAGCCAUUUACAUCAGCAACCCAGGAAACCCCACAGGUCAUGUGCAAGACAGGAAAACUAUAGAGGAAGUGAUUCGAUUUGCUGCAACCGAGGGCCUAGUUUUGUUGGCUGAUGAGAUGUACCAGGACAGUGUGCAUGGACAGGAGAAAGAGUUUAUUUCCUAUAAUAAGGUCCUGUUUGACAUGGGAAAUGAGUACUCAGAGGCAGUGGAGUUGAUAUCUUUCCACUCUUUAUCCAGCGCCAUGAUGGGAGAGUGUGGUCUGAGAGGAGGCUAUAUGGAGGUAAUUAACAUGGACCCAGCAGUGAAAAAGCAUUUAAAAAGUAUGCAGUGCCCUUUAAGCCCUGCAGUCAUACCACAGCUUGCUCUGGAGGUAAUGGUCAAUCCACCCACUCCUGGAGAUCCUUCCUAUGGAACGUACUACCAGGAGAUUCUUCACUCUCAGACAACUCUAUCCGCGAAUACACAGCGUGCUUGUGAGUUCCUGAAUGAUCUACCAGGGAUGAACUGCCAACCAGCGAUGGGGGGAGUCUUUCUUUACCCCUGUCUGCAUUUACCACCUCAGAUGAUAGACAAGGCCAAGAUGUUAGGAGUGGAGCCAGAUGUGCUUUACUGUCAAAAGUUGCUGGAGGAGGAAGGUGUGUGUUUGGGGCCCGGCUGUGAGAAUGGGCAAGAAGAUCCAAACUACCACAUUAGACUGUGUGUUUUGGCUCCUCCUGCCACCCUGGAGGAGAUCUUGGCAAGACUUCGUUCUUUCCACCUGCGCCUGCUGGACAAAUUUCCCUGA